UUGAGCUGUGUACAGAAAACAGACUCUGCAGCGUUUGCCCACCUUGCCCCUCUUUUCUCUUGCAAUCCUCACCUCCUUACUCCCAAGAAAAACCUCCCAGCUUCGGUAAACCGAGAUGGCUUGUGCCCACCCCUCCCACCGUACUGCACUGGGCCGGCUCUUCUGAUCAGGAGAGCAGCACACACUGCCCAGACUCUUCCUCACAGCAGAGUCUGGCUCACUGAACCUGCUCGCUGUUCCGGGGCUGCUUGGCUGCAGCUCUGGGCUGAGAGGAAUUUUUGGGCUUAAACUCCCAGGACCCAACCAACCCCUCAGACCUCUCGGCCAGCUGCUCUGCGACUUGUCAGGCCACCUCACCAACCCUUUGAAAACCUUGAAUUCUAGAGCGAAGUUGUACCUGCGUCCCCAGGCCUCCACUGGGCCUGCCUUUCGCGCUCCUGUAUGCUCCCCCACCUCCUGCUCAGCCAGCAGCACUCUAUAUCCAGCUACUUCCCGGAGGAACUUUACAGCAAGGCACAGCCCCGUGUCCUCAGGGAAGGAUACAGUUUCUAGAACCGUCUGUGAAUUGGUCUUUUAGUUUAUAAGGAUUACCUGAUUCCCAUUAUGGGAUUCCAGUCUGUGUGUGUGCUUUGCCGUAUUUCCUGAAGCCUCCCAGAAGUACAGCCAUCCUACACUGAAUAGUGUGGAUUUUACGAGUUUGGGUUGCCCGAGAUUGCAACUGGCCCAAAAAAGUUAAUCACUUUGCUUUUCUCAAUGCCUAGGGGUUGGGCUUCCCUGGGGGAGAGACUGACCAGGCCAGGUAGCCACUGAGCCAGUGUUUCCAGCGAUGCCCAGCAGGCUCCAUCAAGGGCUACCCUUAACCUCUAUGAAGCCACCAGCUAAAUACCUCCUUCCAGAGGUGACGGUGCUCGACUAUGGGAAGAAAUGUGUGGUCAUUGAUCUGGAUGAGACCCUGGUGCACAGUUCAUUUAAGCCCAUUAGUAAUGCUGAUUUCAUUGUUCCCGUUGAAAUCGAUGGAACUAUACACCAGGUGUAUGUGCUGAAGCGCCCACACGUGGACGAGUUCCUCCAGAGGAUGGGGCAGCUCUUCGAGUGUGUGCUCUUUACUGCCAGUUUGGCCAAGUAUGCAGACCCUGUGGCCGACCUCCUGGACCGCUGGGGCGUGUUCCGGGCGCGACUCUUCAGAGAAUCCUGUGUUUUCCAUCGUGGGAACUAUGUGAAGGACCUGAGUCGCCUGGGACGGGAGCUGAGCAAAGUGAUCAUCGUGGACAAUUCUCCCGCCUCCUACAUCUUCCAUCCGGAGAAUGCAGUGCCUGUGCAGUCCUGGUUCGAUGACAUGACGGACACGGAGCUGCUGGACCUCAUCCCGUUCUUCGAGGGCCUGAGCAGGGAGGACGAUGUGUAUGGCAUGCUGCACAGACUCUGUAGCAGGUAGCCCCCGCCUCAGGGCCUCGGGGCCACGGCCCGUCUCCACCUGUGCGCUCUGGAGCCCCUGGCUCAGGGGACCCUCCCAGCCUCCGCUUUCUGAGUGGAGCAUGAGCCGACUCCAUGCUCCGGGUCACAGGGUGAAUGUCGCCAUUGCCUACCUGUUUCGUUUUGGGUUUGUUUUUUCUUUUUUAAAGAACAGAAACAACUAUUUUAAAGGAAAAAAAACUCUUUUAAUAGAUUUCAUAAAAGGACAUGCAUUUUACCAGAUUCGAUUUUCUUAAAACAUACCAAAAAGAAAAAAAAAAGGAAAAAAAGAAACCUUUGGUCUCUUUCAGACGCCCUUUCAACUAUCCUCCCUCCCAAGAGACAGUCCGUCCCCUUUGUCCGGGUUGGGGCAGCUGACCCAGCUCAGAACCUUUUUCCUACAGGGUGAAGUGCCUUUUUGAAUGUUAUUUUAAGCUGAGAGUUACUUUUGUAUACGACCUAUUUCCAGACAUCUUUUAGUCUUUUACUGUCUUCGAUACGCUAAGACAACAAACAGGAGAGUUUUCUAGAACCUGGGAGCCUGUGUGUGGUGGGGUGAGGGUGUGGCCAGGGAGAAAGCGGUCAUGGGAGCCUGCCUCCCAACAGGUGCGAAUGUCAGCCUGUGGCGUGUGCGGGAUCCCGCUCCCUCUUCAGGAGUCUUCUCGUGAUGUUCGUGGUCCCCGCCCGUUUCUGGCCUGUCCAGAAUGUACCUGCCCGUGGCCCCAUGCUUUAUGAAGCAACCAGUCCCUUUUGUUACGAUUUCCGAUGUUGAUAAAAUUUGUCUUGAGGUUGCAUUUUCCCCUUGAACGGUGACGUUAGGGUCACAUCUGCUUUCCCACAACGGUCACACGUCUGUCCCGUGUUGUUUUCCUGUUGUCAAUGGUUUGAGGAGAAUAGUUACAGAAAACCCUAAAACCCUUGGACUGUCAAGUCUUUCCUUCCAAAAGCUGGGUACACGUGGAGCUGUGUGGGACUUGCUGCUACUGCGCUGCCACCAAAUGGAACUGACCAGCGGCUGUUACACUGUUCUUUGCCACUGUGCCUAUGCUCAGAAUUCGCUCACCGCUAAACUGCAGGCUUGGACAGGGUCAGAAACAGGUGUCCCGCCCGCCCCAUCAAGCACGGCACCAACCGUCUCCCUUCCUUGGCCCUGGCCACCAAGAAUGCUGAAGGGCACAAAGGGGUUUUUUAAAUAAACAAAUUAAUAAAUAAUAAAGGGCCAGAGCAGCGCUCAGGUGUGGCAUCCACCUCACACCGCAGCCAACAUCAGAGCCUAUAGAAGAGCUCCCCUGUCUCGCCUGAGAACCUGUGGCCUGGACCAGCCGCCACCUCGAUGUGGCCCAAGUCCAUCUCAGCCUCUUUGGAAGCACAGCCUCUUCAAGCCAAGGGUUGGGGAAGCCUGUCUGAAAGGGAGCAGGGCUCCUCGCUGGAGCCCAGGGGUCUCUUUCCAGCCAUUCCCUGUUGGGUGUUCAGCAGUGCUGUGUUAGCGUCGCUCCCCCAAGAAUGAAAAGAUCCCUUUUCGUGUUGGCACCGUUGCCUUAGUCCUCGGGGUUGGGCCUCAGCCAGAUUUCUGCUGGGAGUUGCUGGCACUAACAAGACUCAAAAUCAGGGGUCAAACUUUAAAAAAAAAAUUUUUUUUUCUUUCACAAAAUAAUGAAGCCAGCUACCUGGCCUACCUUCCCACAGUGCUUUGGUCUGGGAAACCACUGUGCAUUCAGAGCAGAAAUACAGAGGGAUCAUCAGACCUCCUAACUUUCUGAGUGUGCCGAACCCAGCGAUCCCUGUGCCAAUUACAACAGAAACUGCCCCUUUGCGAAGCAUCACCACAGAUAACAAGUUCCGUGGCCAAUCCACAUAUGCCAUAAGUCCUCACGGAAACCAGUCCUUAGCCGAUCCCGCUGCCUUAAGUGUCUUGGGUGUUGCAGUGUCUGCCGCGUGUCGAUUUCCACGCAGAACAAGGCCCGGAUGAGAACCUCAGAUCGUCCGUCACCUGUGCCUCUUGCUGUACUGGUGUCACGGGCCUCAGUUUGGAAAAAGGGGGAAAUGGACUGAAAUUCCAGAACAUUUCAGGGGAAGUGAGCCUAGAAAAAGGGCUCCACUUCAGACAGGUUCAAGUUCUGGAGCUGCGCAUGGCCCUGCCCUUGAAGUACCGGGUGGGGAGCCCUGUUCUUACCACCGCAAACAUGGGAUGUCUCAGGUGCGUGGCAGGGCCUCUGAGGCUUCUGAAAUCCGCACCUUAUUUGACCAAGCUCCAAAAUGCCAAUUUUUCUUUCUUUAAAAAAAAUCUGCUUUAUGUACAUAAUUGAAAAAAAUCUAUAUUUUUUAAUCAGUUACUUGUAAAUGAAGCAAUAGAAUUCUAACAAGGCCAAGAAAGGAGACGAAUGUGUGAGGUUUAUUUUCUUAAGGUAAAUACGGGUAUUGCUUUUGAUUGUUAGUUUAUUAAAAGUGUGGGCUUGAAAAUUUAUCAGCCACUUCUGUGUGCCAUAUCCUCCCCCACGUUACCAAAACACUCCACCUCCUUAGCCAAAAGAAACAGCUGACCUCCCAAGUUUCGUGACCCUCUCAACUCCACGUUCGGACCACUCUCCGAGACAUGUGCUUUCCACGUGAAGGUCUGGGACAGGAGGCUUGGGAUUGUGGACUCCAGCCUACGCCUUUUGCAUGACCUCAAAUGGGGGCUUCCUGGGCACCCCGACCCCUGAUGAUGUUAGUGUUCUGUCUUCCAUUCGUUCUGGAAUCCUCCAUGUUGGUCUGUGGUUUCAUGCACUAGCUGUUUGUAAACAAUGUGUUUGUGCCCUGUUGCUCAUGGCAGUUGGUGGGGAUUCCUUUGAUGCGGUGCAACGUCGAUGAGAUUGGGGAC